AUGGCGGUGGUUGGUAUUUCUGGAUAUGCUGUAUAUGCUUUUGAUGUUUUAGUGGCCCAUCUUGAGGGCAGGGCCCCUGUGACUCUAGCUCAAUGCUUGGCAGCGGUCCCUGGGAGUCCUCCAUUGACUGGCAAGAGCCCUUUGUUUGUGACUUGGAACACAAUUGCCAAGGAUGGUGAUGCUUCGUUGAGAGGAUGUAUUGGCACAUUUCAAGAGGAAGAGCUGGAAUCAGGAGUAGCAAGUUAUUCACUGACAGCGGCACUGGAGGACCCUCGAUUCAGGCCCAUUCAAAAGAGAGAGCUCCCUCACUUGGAGUGUGGGGUAACGAUUCUCAAGAACUUCGAAUCAGCUGCCAAUCCAAUGGACUGGGAAAUAGGCGUUCAUGGCAUCAAAGGUGUGUUUACGCAUCGUGGCCGUCGAACAAGUGCCACAUUUCUUCCGGAUGUCGCUGUAGAACAGGGCUGGGAUAAAGAGACAACGCUAGUGUAUCUGGCUGACAAAGCCAAUGCACACCCUGACUCCACUAUCUCUCUCACUCGAUACCAAGGCGAGAAGUCUGCUAUCCGCUACGAAGAAUAUCUAGACAUCCUAAAGCAAAUAGAUGCUAGAGAGUAG